CAAAAAAUGGCGUCAUCACCAACAAGUGUGCAGCAAGGCGAUAUUGAGGCUCAAACCCGGGGCUAUUCGAAACGCGGCGAUGGUUUCUCGGUGCAGGAAACUGAGGGUCUGUUACAGGAGGUGCGUGAGCGCUGGCAAGAGGGCUGGGAUGUGAUCGCCGAGGUUCACAACGCUCAGUUCCCGGGCCACAAACGCUCCGCCGGCUCGCUGAAGCGUAAGUUCGCGAAGCUGUACCGCACCAAGAUCGAUUCUACUACGAAGGAGAAACACGCACGCGCUGCAGCAAUGGCCAAGAAAGUGCGAGAGGAGAUGCGUGGCCAGCGACGCGGACUCGCCGCCUCAGCGCGCGUGCUAGGCGAUGACCUAGUAGGGGACUCCGACUCCGGUGUGGGCGUACAGGAAGUGCACGCCGAUCUGAAUGAUGUCGAGAUGAUCGCAGCUCAUACGGGUACGCAAUCGCAGACGUUGCCAGAAGCUACAGUGACGGCCAGCGAGCACGAGCUGCGGCAGACGCUGGUGCAGAGCGUUCCGAUGACCCAAGACACGUCGGAUGCGUGGCAGGCGGCCAUCGGCCGAUGGCCGGUUGCCAGUGAGCCCCUGCGUCGAAUGCGGUCACAAAUUGAAAACGGCGAAGCUACGUCUAGUCAAGAUCUGGCGCAGACCGUGCUGCUGGUGCUACUAGAGUCCCAGCACCAGCGUGAUUUGGAACGGGAUCAGGAGCGCGAGGAACGUCGAUUGGAGAGACAGCGCUGGCAGGAAGAAAUGCGCGAGCAGCGGCGUCGACAUGAGCAGGAACGUAUGGAGGAUCGGCGCAGGAAUGAACAGUUCAUGCAGGUCAUGACUACGCUAGUGGCGCAGAUCGCUGCGGGGCAACAGCAACGAGUCGGCCUGAACUGAGCGUCAUUGAUGAUCACGUAGGAAGGAUUUGCAUGCAUGUGGAAGUUGCCAUUGCAGAAUGGUGCAAGGCGGUCAGUGAUGCAGUGCAGCACUGUACCAGUUGUGAUUGACUUAACAUUGAUAAUAGUAGCGGUGGGCACUUGUCAAGCCUUUCGACCGACCAGAAA